AUGUCAAAAUGGCCUGGGCCAGCAGCCCACAGCAAGCCACCAGAUGACGACACCCAUUCGGUUUCAUCUUCCAAGAUAUACUCGGGUCUGUUAAAGGCCCCAUCGCGUCCACAUACUCCCUUAUCCUCCAGACUGCGCAGUCUCGCCGGCGGCUCCCAGUCCGGGCAAGCUGCCGAGCCCGAACCCGCAGUGGACGAGGACCCCCAGAUCGCCCGUUUCCGCGCAUUAUACGACCAGACCGAGUCGCGCAUAGCCAGUCUCUUUGAUAGCGUCGGGGAAGUCGUCAAGUCCACAAGAAAGCGCCCCGCCGCCGAUCUCCAGCAAAUCCCCGAUGUCGUCGCCGAUGUCCCCCAGAUACCCCCUCCCACCUCUAAGAAGCGCAAGCUUGACGACGACUAUGACGAUUAUGACGACGAUGACGACGACGACGAGGCGCCAGAAUCUGCGUCGCCUCUGAAAGAGAAGAGUAACAAGGUCCAGAUUGUCUCUGACGCCAACACCUCGUCGCCGGUCGCCCGCCCUGUGAUCCUGUCGCGGACAACCUCCGAGAGCGGCAAGAUACCACCCAAAGCGCAGCAAACACAGAAGGAAGAUGCUGCAGAUGCGCGCAAGAAACUCGAGGCUGCCAAACGCGCCGAGAUCGAGACCGUCAAGACCAUGUCGCGUACCAUGUUCUUUACCCUCGAAAAUGACCGCGAUGCCAUGCUGGACCAGCAAAGGCUAGACGAAGCUGAGCGCCGCGCAGAAGCAGAAGCCGAGGGCCAUGCCAACAGACAGAACGCCGCCGUGCAGCAAGGCAGUCUCAGCAGCGCUAAUCUCGGAGCUUCGAGUCUGACCUUGAAGAACCUCAUAGCACAGAUCGAUAAUCACCGCGUAAAGGUCAACGCUACUGACCAAGAGGUGCGGGCACUCCUCAGCGAGGUGCGCAAGAAUCGAAGCAAGUGGGCGAGCGAAGAUAAGGUUGGCCAGGAGGAGUUGUAUGAGGCUGCAGAGAAGGUUUUGAACGAGUUGAAAGCCAUGACCGAGCACUCGACGCCCUUCCUGAAUCCAGUUAAGAAGAAGGAUGCUCCAGACUACUACAACAUCAUCAAGCAGCCAAUGGAUCUUGGUACCAUGACGAAAAAGCUUAAGAACCUGCAGUACAAAUCCAAGAAGGACUUCGUCGACGAUCUAUAUCAAAUCUGGAAGAAUUGCUUGAGGUUCAACAGCAGUCCCGAUCACCUAUUCCGGAAGCAUGCGCUCUUCAUGCAGAAGGAGACCGACAAACUGGUGCCGCUGAUUCCAGAAAUCGUCAUUCGAGACCGCGCGGAAAUUGAAGCCGAAGAAAGGCGAAGGCAGAUCGCCGACGGCGAGAUCGAUGACGGUGCAGAAGAGAGCGACGAUGAACCUAUCAUGGCGUCCAGGGGCAGAAAGGCACCGAAGAAAAGCGCCAAGAAAGGGACCUCGUCGUCCAGGAAGUCGGUACCUGAGACGACUCCGCUUCCAGAAACGAAGCCCGUUAUCAACGCCCUGGCUUCCGUGCAGCAGAACGGCUUGAGGGCAGACUCCGAAAUCGACGGUAGCCAGGGACACUCAACACCGCCACCAGGCGUGCUAACACCAGUUGGUGGCGGACAGGGACCUGGGAGUGUCCUUGGUGCUGGGAGCGAAGCUCCCGAAGUCGACAUUCCUGGUCUGCCUUCUUUGCCUCCUACGACUCCUGAAUAUGAAGACGAAGAAUACAGGCUGUGGAAACAAAAGACAAAGAAAGAUCGGGCCAUGCUUGCCACCGCUCGUCACAGGCUGUUCCGCGGCGACAAGUUGAACCCGGACGAAGAAGCGUUGAUUCGCACAAAGUCCGGGAUGAGGCGUUGGCAAAGGAUCCAGCAAGAAGCUAGCAAGCUCGACGCUGCACAAGAUGUGGACGAGUCCCGCAAUAAAGCCUCAACAUCGUUGUCAGAAGGCCUAGAAGCGGAAGAGGAAACAAUGCUGCCUGACUACUACGACACACUUGGCGCUAUUCCUGACUUGGAGCCUCGGCUCAGGUGGGAACGAGACAGCCUGGGACAGGUCGUUGAUCAAUCUGAGGAAUAUCUGCGUCUAUUUCCAGCGAACCAAUUCGUUGCGCCAGAGUCAGCACUUACCAAAAAGAUCAACGCCAACCUAGCGCAGAUGCAAGAAACCCGGAAGAUCGUGUCGAAGAUAGGCGUGGUCAAGCAAAUGCAGCUUCAGUCACAGACAUACCAAAAUCAGUUCACGAAAUUCCAGCCGGAACCUUUGAUUGAGCACGACAUCGGGAAGCACGUCAUGUCAGAGGAUGGCCCGGUCAUGGCGCCCUAUGUAUGCCAGGCGGCGCUACAACGGUCCGUUGGCAAGAUCUUCUUCAAUGCGGGAUUCGAAGAGUUUCAGCCAUCAGCGCUAGACGUCGUCACAAACUUAGCUUCCGACUUUUUCAAGCGGCUGUGUGAUACGCUCGUUCACUACAAGGAUGCGCAGCACAUUCCGCAAGCAACCCAGAAAGUCGCCAUUCCACAGAUGCAAAGGCCAAGCAUGACCAAUGAAGAAAUCAUACUGCAUACACUGAAUGAGCACGGACACUCGCUCAACGACCUCGACACCUAUGUCCGCGAAGACACUGACCGCCUCUCCACCAAAGUGCAGACAAUGCACGAGCGUAUGAAGGCUCACCUUGCCGAUCUCCUCCGACCUGCUCUCACCGAAGAAACUGCCCAAGGCCAAGGCAACUUCACAGAUGGAGGCGAGCAGUAUGUCGGUGGUGACUUUGCCGAGGACCUGGGCGAAGAUUUCUUUGGCUUCCGCGAGCUCGGCUUGAUGAAGGAACUUGGUCUCGAUACACUGACCGUACCCUUCCACAUUCUCCACGGCCGGCUCAAUAUGCAAGCCAACCAGAACAUCGCUACCGUCAUCGAUGGCGAGAAGUCGUUUAAGGAGCCACCGCGAUGGCCAAAGGUGAACGUCGAGAACGUGGAAGACAUCAUUGGCGUCGCCAAAACUUGGUUCAGGAAACGACUCACCGAGAAUGGCGACAGGCCGCUCAUGGAAGACUACGAGCUACCGCCCAAACAAAGGCCUGGAUAUGGCCGUGCGAGGGUGCCGGCCUCUGGCAAGAUCGGCGGCGACGCCAAAAACGCGAGUCCGCAGAAAAAGGCACCAGCCAAGCCGCCGCCAAAGCCCGUGAAAAAGGCAAUCAGCGAACAGAAAGGGAAAGGCAACGACAAACAGGCAAACGGCGUCAUCGACGAGGCAGAACCGGUACCCAUGAUGAAUGGCGUCAAGAACGAGGCUUCUGCGAACGAUAGCAGCCCGGAGAAGAAGAAGGGAAAGGGCAAGGAGAACGAGGUGGCCAAGAAGGGAUUGGAUCAGCUAGAUGGCGCGGUCAAGGUGAAUGGUGAGGGAGCGAUGAUGAGUCCCGAGAGUCUCUGA